UGUCAGUCCGUGAGGAGAGUUCAAAGAAAGUGUUAAAAAUACGACGUCGUUCCGGGGGUCCGCAACCCUACACAAAAAAAAGUGACAAAGUGACACUUGGUAAUGAAAGGAAAAUUACUAAUAAAUGAAAAAAACAUUUUUCAAGUGGAGCAGAAUCUAGGAUAAAAGCUGUGGAUGAAAAUUUAACGUGUAACGUUGAAGAUUUAAAGUGGAAAAGUUAGUCCAAUUUUUCAAAUUUUCACUGGACCCAAAAACUCGAGUGACAUAAUUUUGGCCUCUGUCAACAUGAGAAAAUCGAGAAAAAAAUCGUCGUCGAAAUGUUACGAAAGUGCAGCGUAGCAAAAUCCUGUCGCCGUCGUCGUCGAGCCUCGAUGGAAGGAAAACUAGUUUGAGUUGUGUUGGACUAGUUUCGUGUUCUUCUUCUUCCCGUAUUUCUGCAAUCUCCAAUCGAGUGGAGGAGAAGAGGAAAAAAAACAAGGAAAAUUUUCUUUGUUACCCCCCACACUUUAGUGUUCGACUCGUGCGUGUUUGUGUGAAUUGUGUCUACGUUUUUUCCAAACUUCUGUUUCCGGUGUGUUGUUUCUUGAGAUAUUUUAUUGAUCUUUCUUCUCUCUGAAGACUGUGUGUUUUGUGCAUUACUUGACGUUUCAAGUGUUGGGUUAUUAAAUAUUUACGCCCUGCAGAAGCAACACUGUGAAUGGUGACGAACUUGCACCCCCUUAAGAACCUGCUGAAGGAGAAGAAAAGAAGGAAAGCAAACAGAAGAGUGGGAGGAGGAAAAAAGGGGGAGCCCAAGUUCGACGACCACCGUCGGAGGAGGAAGUAGAGCUCAUCAUAGGGAUUGCAAGGAGAAGCAUUCACUAAUAAUGGCCUGGCGGAUGGUGCAAUCGGAGUGAAACCGAGACAAACGGUGACGACCGACGACCACGUCCAUGUGUGUGUGUGUGUGUGUGUGCUAAAAAUCGCGGCCGAAAUCGCGUAACAAGAUCGCAACUACUUUUCGUCGUCGGCUCAGCAGUGAAGGGGUGAGUGAGUGAAUUGUUGUUGUUAUGGCGCGGGUUGAUGCAAAGAGAAUGAGCUUUUGAUUUUGUGUACGUGUGCCGCCGCCACUGCAGUGUAUGUGUGUUGAGCCAGCAAAUUUAUAAAUAAUGUUGAGCGAAAAAUAGUGCAAAGCUUAGCGCAAAAAUAAAAAAAAAAGUGGUGAGAAGAAUUCUGGUGUGUGACCGCAAAAUAAAGUAAAUAAAGAAGCAAAGUAUAGUGCAACAACGAAGAGAAGAACAUCUAAAGAGGUUGAAGCAGAAGUAAAUAAGAGGAAAAUACUUCAAGAGAAGCAAAAAUAUAGUGCACAGCAUUCAGCUAUUGCUUCGAUGAAUGGUUGGGAAAGAGAGCAAGAGAGUCGGUGAAAAAAAAAAAGAGUGGUCGCAAAACAAAGAACUUCGUGGUGAAGUGUGUAAGAAACCGCGGAAUUGCUCUUGGUCUAAUGGAAAAAAGGAGCUCCCAUCGUCGGAAUUGCCCUUCAAUGUUACUGCCCCCGAAAGUCCUCAUUUUGCUAGGUUAAGAUUGUCAACUCCCGAGACGGCGACGCCGAUACCUGCCUGAAACUCUCAGAAUCCGAGACGAUGCUGGAGUUGGUGCAGCGACAUCUGAAAAACAACUCCAACAAACAGAUUCACACAGCACCAGCUGUUGGGUCUGCCAAAUAGCAGCCACUACUGUGGAAAGCUCCUCUGAACCGUAACGAACCAAACAAACACGAGAGAGAAAUACCAGCAGCCAAAAUAAAGGCAGAAAAGCGCGACCCGAAACGUGACUUUGAAACCAAAUGAAGAUGACCACGUCCAGCUCGGCAAACGACGGCGGAACAGCCAACAGCCACGCGCACCGCAAAGCAGGACACAGACGCAACGAAUCGAUGUACGCGAUGACGGGCCUGUACGCGGAGGCCCAAACCGACGACAGCAGUGCGGACAUCCCCCAGGACACGGAGGAGUGCGAAUCGCUGCCGGUGUCGGUCAACACGACGACCACGGCCACAACGGCCGCCACCGCCGACGUCGUCAUCAAGUGCCACAGCCGGCAGUCUUCGAACGCCAACAAUGGCGUCACGAUGCCGGACAAGCCGUCCCAGCUGCCGAACGUGCUGCUGGUCAACGAGGACUAUUCGCGGGACUGCGGCAUCCUGAGCUGUCGACCCGGCGCGGUUCAGAAGUUUGCCCGGAUUAAGGUGUUUGUGCUGUUGCUGUCGAUCCUGGUGACACUGCAGCAGGCGCUCAGCUCGGGGUACAUCAAUUCGGUCAUCACGACGAUCGAGAAGCGAUUCGAGAUACCGUCGAGCUUGUCCGGGUUGGUGGCGUCCAGCUACGAGAUCGGGAACGUCAUUACGGUGAUCUUCGUGAGCUAUUUGGGCAGUCGGAGACACAUCCCGGUGUGGAUUGGGAUCGGUGCCGUCAUCAUGGGCAUCGGUUCGCUGGUGUUUAUGGUUCCUCACUUUACCGGAGAGCCCAACCCGGGCAUCCUGAUCGAUAACAAAACGGCGGACAACAUCUGCCGGUUGGUGUCGGUGCGGGAGCAGGACAUGGGCCUGGGACGGUUAUCGAAUAGUUUGUCCAAUCAACCGCUGACUACGCAUAACUUGAGAAACGACAACUGCCUCAAGGGCAAGGCGUCCACCUUCGGACCGGUGAUACUGUUUGUGAUAGCGCAGAUCCUGCUGGGCGGCGGCGGAAGUCCGCUGUUUACGCUCGGCACCACCUACGUGGACGACCACGUGCGCAAGGAAAGUUCCUCGAUGUACAUUGGGGCAAUGUACAGUAUGGCUGCCUUUGGGCCCGUGUUGGGCUUCCUGCUCGGGGCGUAUCUGCUGUCGUUCCACAUGGAUUCGUUCUCCGGAAGCGACAUCAAUAUAGAUCCCGACGACCGGCGGUGGGUCGGCAUGUGGUGGGGCGGCUUCCUCGUGUGUGGCAUCCUGCUCAUACUGGUGGCCAUUCCGUUUUUCUCCUUUCCCAAGGUCCUGACAAGGGAAAAGAAGAAAAUCCGUAUCGCCGAGCAGAAGCUGCCCCAGCUGCAGCAACUGUCGGCUAAUAAUUCGAGUAGUUUGCCGAGGACGACGCAACCGACUGCGUCGGAAUCUGGGAAUUUUCAGCAGCAACAGCAGCAGCAGCAGCAAGGUCAGAAGGAACCUCAAGGGGCGAAGACGAACGAGGAUUCCGGCUAUGGCAAGGAUAUCAAGGACAUUCCCCUGUCCAUGUGGCGGCUGGUGUCCAAUCCGGUGUACAUCGUGACCUGCCUGGGGGCGUGCAUGGAGUUGAUGAUCGUGUCCGGAUUCGUGGUGUUCCUGCCAAAGUACCUCGAGACUCAGUUCAGCCUGGGCAAGAGUCAGGCCAGUGUCUUCACGGGGUCGAUCGCCGUGCCGGGCGCUUGCAUCGGAAUCUUCGUCGGUGGUUGCAUCCUGAAGCGGUUCCAGCUGAAGCCGAAGGGGGCCGUCCAGUUUGUGCUGGUCUCCAACUUGAUCUGUUUGGCCUGUUACGGGCUGUUGUUCUUCUUGGGUUGUGAGAAUCUCAAAAUGGCUGGCACGACGAUACCGUACUACAACAGCUCUCCGGCGCAGCACAACGUGGAGCCGUUCCAGGUGAACCUGACGGCGGCGUGCAACUUUGGCUGCGAAUGUCACAUGUUUGACGUGGAACCGGUCUGCGGCAACAACGGGUUGACGUACUUUAGUCCGUGUCAUGCCGGCUGUACGGCGUUCUCGUCCGGGUCGAACUACACCAACUGUGCUUGCGUUCAAACGAACGUGACCAACGUUUACACGGGAGCGGAGGGUGCCCAAGCUCAGGCACUGAACGCCCACCAGGACUUUGCCGAAGUUACGGUGGUUCCGGUGGCCACGGCCGGGGUGUGUAACAAGCCGUGCCGGACGAUCUACCCCUUCCUGAUACUGCUGUUCUUUAUGACGUUCGUCGUUGCCUCCACGCAGAUGCCUUUGUUGAUGAUUGUGCUGAGAUCGGUCUCGGAGGAGGAGCGCUCGUUCGCGCUCGGCAUGCAGUUCGUGAUCUUCCGGCUGUUCGGGUACAUCCCGGCGCCGAUCGUGUUCGGCAACCUGAUCGACUCGACCUGCAUGCUGUGGAAGUCGACGUGCGGCGAGAAGGGCGGCCGCUGCCUGAUCUACGACAUCGAGGCGUUCCGCUUUAAGUAUGUUGGCCUUUGCGCGAGCAUCAAGAUAAUCGCCCUGGCGAUCUUCAUCAUCGACUGGUGGCUUGUGCGACGGCGGAAGAAUCUGGACAAGCUGAAUCCGAUGUCGGCUAACGAACUGGUUGGAUCGAUCAUCAGCUUGGAUAAGUUGUUCGAGGAAAAAGCCAACCUGGAAGGUCAAGCCGUUCCCUUCAACGGCGAGUGCAUCUCGGGCGAUUCCAUCGUGGACACCAACAGCAAGCGAGUGUUGAUCGCCAGCCGGCACCUGCGCAACGAUUCCAAAUCGAUCCAGCUGGAGUACAGGUACGACGACGAUACCGUGCGGCACCAGUACCAGCGGCCGCGGAAGCACAUCCGCAGCAAUUCCUGUGAUAUCAAGAUCCAGCGGUCGAACUCGGCCACGAACCGUGAGUCCGACUUCCACGACUGGAAGCUGAAGCGGUUCAUGCGGCACCACACGCGGAACAACUCACGCGACCUGGACCAGGAGCACUGCUGUCGGCAGCAGCAGCAGCUUCAACAGCAGCAGUCCGGCGGAUCGCAGCUUGGUCGGUGGAUUGCGCUGCACAAUAACGAGCAGCCGACAUCGAACAUCAAGUACAUCUUGAACCACUUGAAGAACAACAACGUGGACGGGCACAGCAAGCUGAACUACAGCAAUAGCUGUAGCAACGGAGCCGGCUGUGGUGGGAUCAAGAAGAAACGACACACGAGAAACUACUCGUACGGGCAGGAGUUCUCGUUCCUGCCGAACAAUGUGAUCAUCCGGCUGGACAACGACAUUGCCAACAAGUUCCUGGCGAACAACGGCGGUGCGAGCACUUCGCGAAAGAGCUCGUUCUCGCACGACGUCAACCUGCUGAAGAACGUGAACAAACUGAAUAAUUGUUCAACGGGAAUGGUGAUUGGCGGAGGAGUCGCCAAGAACACCAACGACCUUAACGAAGAACUGGAAUCCAAAUACGCGAAGGGAUCGUCCCACAGUUACGGUCACUCGCGUAACAAUUCCAAAGAUCUGAACCUGUUGAAUCUCCAGGAGGAGGAGUCCGUCGCCAGUGGCAGCGGCAUCCUGGGAGGGAUCAAAGCGUUGAUCGACGACUCGAACAGCAUCCUGCGGCACCGGCGGACCAACUCCAAGGAUCUGAAGUACAUCGGCGGCUACCAGCCGUGCGAACCAAUCAGCAGCGCCAGCAGUUGUAGCGUAAGUAGUAACAAUAUCCGAAAGCUGUCCGGUGGACAUUUGCACCCGCUGGCGUUGACCACGACCACGGGAAGCGGUCCGACUGAGUCCCUCCAGCUGCUGCUGGACAAGUCCAGUCUCCUCGAUGAAACAAGCGCGGAAAGUUCCACUAACGGCGGAGGUGGAUCGACGUCCACUAACGUUUAGCCACUUCCGAUCGACUAUCUCGCGAGCUCACGAUCUGCUGCAAAAUUUGCCAUUCCCCCCGCUCUAGUUUCCUUCCUCACGUAGCAGAGUUUAAUUCCGUACUAUAAUGUCUUGCAACAAGUUGGUAGAACGCCCGCUCACAAUGGUUUCAAAGACACAGUUAGAUCAGCUUGCGAACAAAACAAAACAAAAUCAACCACACCUAGUAGUUUUACGUAAUUAGUAAUAGUAAGAAUUCGAGACUGCAUUUUAUUACGUUAAAUUACAAAAUCCCGAAUUGGAUUCACAGACCAUCAGAAACUAGAGUUCAUGCAUUUGCAAACCCCCGCGAUAGAGGAAGAUGAAACAUAAGAUACAAACGAAAUCAGUAUCCGGAAAAGGGUUUGUUCCCGCGAUGGGCGGAGCUUCGAUCCGCACAGUUUGAUUCUCUCUCGCUUUCUUUUUGGUGAGAUGUUGUCGAGAGAGCGAGAGUUAAAUUUUUCUCUCACCGUUACUCUACGCCUUCAUUUAAUUUUCGGAUGUAGGGUUGCCAAUUUUUCUGAAUUUUUCAACUUUUGUACACUUAAUUUUUUGAAAAUCAUUAAAAAGUACAUAUGGUUGGAAAUUUUUAUGCAUGUUUCAAAAAGAUUUUUUACCAGGUUUAACCUAAGAUUGUCAUUCUUCUCGAGAAUUUUCCAAAGUGUCGCAAGGGUGACGGUGAAGACAAUUUCUCAAGAGCUGUCAAUAGAACACCAAUAACAACACGAUUUUUCCAUAAGUCUCUACGUGGUUUCUUUUAACUUCCUCAAAGUUUGAUUUUUUUUUUACAUUGUUUACAUACAUUGGCCACCUAGGAAGGUUCCAUCAUGGUUGAGAGUUCUCCGAAUUUCUUAACAUUCGUUCAAUUUCUCGCACAAGAGAGAAGAGAGAACUUCUCACUCAGUGAGUGCUCAGUGAAACUCUUUUGAUGAAUGUUGCUCCAUCACCGGAACACAAAUUAACUAUCUUUUUAUCGGCAUAUUUUUUUCAGAGUGAGAGUUUUGUUGUGAUUUUCUCUCGCUGAAAAAACCGGCAAGAGAUAGAGAGAGAGAGAGUCAAAGAUUGCGCCUCAACGGGAACAAACUUAGCUAAUAACAAUAUUCAAUGAGUAAAAAGGUGGUCAUUUUAGAGCCAGAAAAUCACAAACCACGAUGUUAACGCAAAAUAAACAAACACAAACUAACAACCUUCCAAAUAUUCCUAAAACAACAUGCAAAAGUGUUGAAUUUAAAGUAAUAACGCAGAUUUAGUGCGACAAAAUAAUUUUAUAAAAUACGUUUGAAGGUAAUCACUUUAAAAUGCUAGUUAUUAAAACAAUUUCGUAAAGAAAUAAGAGCAAACAAUGCUAGACGAGAAUGCAAGCAAAGUGAAGUGGAACCAAAUGCCUAAUUUAUUGAAACACACACACACACACAAACUGAAAGCAAGGAAUAAGAAAAAAUACCCGCGAAAAGAAAAACUAACUCUGCAAAACAGAUAAACAAAAGAAGGGAAAAUAUUUUUAUAAAGUCUAUUGAAAAAAGCCAGCAAAAUAAAAUGCAACUAAUUGUAAAACCAAAACAAACACACAAGUCACACACCCACAAUGAUGGAAAAAAAAUUGACGAAGAAGAAAUCUGCUGCCUGAAACUUAAAACAAGUAAAAAGAAAUGAAUUACAAUUGGGGCAAUAUUUUAAACAAUUGGAGUCAAUUUUGGCGUGAAUUAAAAAGAAAAUCAUUCUAAUCGCGUGAGAACGAGAAGGACUAAGAUAUAAAAGAGAAUGAAGAAGAAGUAGAAGAAAAAACGAGUGUAAACUAGGAGCUGUGAAAAAAACUAGGGUAGAGCGGUGAGAAUAGGGUUGGUUACCAAACGUGGUACUUGAAGCGGUGGUUAGGAAAUGUGUUGGAAAUUGUUGAUCUUUAGCGAAAUUAUCCCCAGAUAAUAGAGUAGAGCACGUUGGAAGGCGAGACUGCGGGUGUGAUUGCUAGAAUGAGUGAUUUAGUUGUAAUUUGAGGAGGUAUAGCUCGUUUUAUUUGGGAAAGUAGUGAAAAUUUCGAUGGAGCUGAGUGAAACAACUAGGUUAGUAAGUGUGUUGCCGAGUGAGAAUAAUUGAACAAACAAGUUUUUAGGUAAAACAGCAUUAAUAGAGCGCUUUUUUCUCAGUUUAGUGCAACAACAAGAAAAUGCGCAUGGUUUGUUGGAGAAUCGCAAGAAGGAAACGAGUUUUGUGUGAUUUCUUUAUCCAAGUUGUCUAAAGUAGAGAGUAAGUCGCUAGAAACGUUCUCUGUAUUGCACUCCACUACUAUAGCUGAAUGUACAUUAUUAGUGGUUCUAUUGCGCAUAAGAAGAGUAAAAACUUAAGCUUAAUUUCAAACACAGUUCAAUAAUACAAAUCUUAGAGAGACAAAACUUAGUUGCUUAAACGUAAAAGAGAAAAACAGUAGAACUCGCGCACUUUAAGCAUAUAAAUUUAUCUAAUAUCGUUACAAAUAUUUACUAAUUUGGCAACACUGUAUUUUCAAAAUUCCACACACUGGGAAAGCUGUGUAUUGUUAGAGCGGAAAGGAUUACGAGAUUGUGACAACGGAUAAUGCAAACAUAUCGUGCAAUACAAUAGCAAAAUGAACAUUAUGAGGUAGUUACAAAAUAACAGAUCUAACUUAUUUUAACUGCAAAAAGGGCAAACAUUAAACAAUAGGUACAAUUUGGAAUCUCCUCAAAAGCAAUGUUCAAACAUACACACACCAACAAACUAAACAACCGUCAAGAUUUCUGUACUUUCCCUUCAAUGGAGUUCCUCCAGCUGUGAGUCUGUGAACAAUAGAUGUGCUAGCUGUUGACUGCACCGCGACCACAAACAAGCAAAAUUUAACUAAAGAGAAUCUCUGUCAAUUAGACCACCCCCCACUCUGAGCUAUAUUUUAGUGCUGUGCGUACAAAAAGAAAGAAAAACUUAAAUCUGAAACAAGAAUCUAAACUAAAGCGCCCACAUGCGUUUCCCUAUCACACACACACACGCCGUGUUGCUGGAAGUCAAAAUUACUCAAACAAAACGAAACAUGCAAAAAAGUCACCACAAAGCGAUUAUGGAAUGGAAAAAAAUUGAAACAAAACGCAAGGUAUGGCGAGUUGCUGCAAUUAUUAGGAUUCGAACAAUAAAUGAAUUUAUAUAAAAUAA